AUGGAAAGACUCGUCUUGCGCAGGCCUCGGACCAAUACAUCCAUGACGGAAGCAGAUGCUCCUCGUUGUCAGAAACGUUUCCCAAAACCUACUACUCACACUUGCCUCAUCCAGCGCAUAGCCAAAUCAUACGAGUUGGAAUUUCCCUCGCACCAGAAAACCACGGAGCCCAUUGGCGAUGCAGCACGAAGCAAAUCAACACGCCAUGCGCUCAGCAGAGGCAACGAGGACCACUCGUUGAGCGGCACCCCGGCUGCCACAACCAUGAACCGCAUCCCCGAUGAAACGUAUGACGAAUACAGUCGAACCUUUCACAUGGUCUUGCUCGACCCCAGCUAUCAAGUGUACACGAGUCCCACGGGACGCGGUUCCGCCAUGUACAAGAUUGAAAACGAAACAAUGGUCAUUGUCGGAGAUCCCAUGUGCGCCAAGGACGACCUCGGCCCUCUCCUAGAAGAGAUUGAAAACUUCCGACAUCCAACCCGACUAAAGCUGGCGUUUAUGGGCGUCGGCCCGUGGUUCGUACAAUACGCCGAGACCAAGGGCUGGGACCACAUCGAGUUUGGCAGCGAACGAGUCGUCAACCCCAUGCACAACGCCGUAUUAGAGAAGCAAGCCAGCAAGCGCAUGUUGGCGCAGUGCCAGCACCUCCUACACCCAAAGCAAGGACUAACAAUGGGCUUCUACGCACCGAGCAUCUCCGGCAUCAACUCCCACCUGGAGCACCAACUGGCGCAGCUCUACGCCGACUGGCGAGACACAAAGGGGGCCAAGCAAUCCGGAGACGCCCAGGCAUUCAUCACGGCGUACGACUUGUUUUCGUACCGGAGACGAACGGCGUUUCUGUACAUGUCCGACGCAGAGGGCGAGAUUGCCGGCAUGGCCAUGCUGCGGCAGCUGGGCGCCGAGCCCGGAUUCUACAUCGACCCCUGCAUCGCGUCGGCAUCCGCGCCCAAGGGCGUCACCGAGCUCCUCAUGGUGUCCAGCAUGCGGCUGCUGCGGCGGGCCGACGUAUCCCAUCUCAGCUUGGGCGUGGAGCCCCUCGCCGACCUGGCAGCACGAGGGCUGCUCGCCCGCGCAGCACGCUCCCUGUACAAGAUGUUUACGGAUGCCGCGUCCGUCGCCGGCAAGAAGGCGUACAAUGACAAGUUCCGCCCCGACCCCGUUCUCGAGUCGAGCCUGUACGUCGUCUUUCCCAGGGCAGACAGGAAGAAGAAGGCUCUCUUGCUGAGCUUUCCCUUCCGAGAGGCCUGGGCCAUCAUGCAGGUUGCGCAUAUUCAAGCGGAUGAUGGGUUGAAAAGGACAGCGUGCCCCCAGCACCCGCGUGUCCCGGCGGCAAACUAUCUGGCUCGUGAGGAGAGGGAAGGGGUUCCUCGGAGGGUUUGGGACAAGGCGCUGGUGGUGUAA